AUGGCAACAGUAAAAUGGAUUCACGCUGUGUUCUUAGUUACAUUAAGGUUAGGACUGGCUUCUAGCCAUAGAGUCCUUUCUGACAAGUAUCAAGAAAUGUAUGAACCUAAUAAAUUUGGGUUCCAACUUGGAGGAACAUGGUCAUCUCCCUUUUUAGGCAAUGGAGGAAAUGUUGGUGGCUUCCUUGGUUUUGGUUCUGAUGGUGGUGAUUUUUCCAAUCCAGGAUUUGGAUUUGGUGGAGGCGGUAGUUUUGAAGGAGGCAGUGAUGGCAGUCCUGGGUUUGGUUUUGGUGGAGGUGGUGGUGGUUUUGGAGGAGGCAUUGAUGUCCAUCCUGGAUUUGGGUUUAGUGGAGGUGGUGGUCUUGGAGAAGGCAUUGAUGGUUGCCCUGGUUUUGGUUUUGGUUUUAGUGGUGGUGGAGGAGGCGGAGGAGGAGGUGGUGGUGGUGAUGCUACUAGUGGAUGCAGGUGUGAAUGCCGCAAGAGUGGUGGAGGGUUUCUCACUGCUGGUGAUGGAAGUGCUUUUGGUGGAACCGGCCACAAUGGAGAUACCAGUCCCCAACCUUGGUUUGGUAGGGGGCUCAAUUUAGGCAAUGGUGGUGGAGAUGGUGGCAAUAAUGGUGGGCAAAACAUUAGAAUAGUUAAAUCACUUACUUGCAGACCAAUGGAGUGUCCAAGUAAUGAUGAUUGUGGAGGAUAUGGUAGAUGCUUUGACGGUAGUCCUCCAUACUGGUGUGAUGUGCCAGGAUUUGGUGUUUAUCCCUUCUGGUGUCCUGGUGGUCUAGACAAAUCUGGUCAGAGUACAAGCUGUAUGCCAUUGAGUUCCCCAUUUGGUUCUGCUAGUCCGGAUGGAUAUCUUGGCCCUAGUAGUCUCUUUAGGGUCAAUGGUCAUGCCGGCCAACAGAAUGGAGCUGGCGAAUCCCGAAAAGCAGAUAAUAAGGAUGCUGCAGGUCAUAACUAA